GAGAGGCGCAGCGUUGCGACGCUCGUCGCCUCGCUCUCGCACGCGCCGCAGAUUAUGCCGCAUUGCUGCAAACCGCGUUCGCCAUCGCGUCGCGACGCCAGGGAAACGACGAGCGCGGGCUCCGAAAGUCGCGGGGCCGCGGCGGCGGCGACAACGAGACGACGAGAUGCCGGCGCGACACGUCGCAGCGUCGCCGUGGAAGACGACGAGGCCCGGGUCGCGGAUGAGAGAUUAAAAGGGAGACGAAAGAAAAAAAAAGAAUAAAGGAUACUUGUCUAUCUCUCACCCUCCUACGAGCUCACCUUGAUCCCCGUCAGGAAUCUGACAAUCAACAACGUGAUCAUGAACGUCCGCCGGCUGCCCGGCUUCAUGUAUAACUACAAGCUCGCAACGGUCCUCCUGCUGUCCGGCCUGUUCCUCGUCGUCUACCUGCUUCUAUAUUGGGGUGUAAUGUGCACGAAUCUCGAGGCCUGGCGUCACGUGUCCAUCGUGUGCAGUCAGCAUCGAGAUGGUACCGCGAUGGGAAUUCUCUGCGAACCAUUAUGCGCCGAAAAGGGGAUACACUCGCUAGCAUGCGAAACUCUUCAUGCAGGCAAGGAGGCGGUAUUCUCGGCGCAUUGGGAAGCGACUCGGCUCGUGUUCAAGGCCUCGAGGAUCAAAACAUCCUCGAAGCAAUUCGAGUCGCUCUACUGGGUGGACGCGACCGGUUUUCGACACUUCCCGUCCGAGGAAGACUUCAUCGCCAUGAUUAAAGACUUGGUCAUCACUAAAUUAAACGUUAGUCUCGCGCGACAUCAAUUGGAGAGACUCGCCCGGUUGCGGACACAUCGGAUAGAAACCGAGGAGAUGAGACGUCGAUUAGAGAUGGAGAAUCUCUGGCCUUUGCUAGAGGAGAAUGAAUAUCUGAUGAUGAUUUUGUACGAGGAUAGGGACGUGUUUCCGCAAUUGAUCGGCACGUGCGGUACCUUUUACGCGGUCGAGUACGUCAGACCGAUCGAGACACCCACGACGGUGCUAGCUCUGUCCGAUUCGAAACCCGAGUGGGCCAAGAGGCUGAAGCUCGCCGUGAUGAUCCUCAAUCUGCUCGAGGAACUCGAGACGGAGUUCCCCGAGCCGCUUUAUCUUUGCGACGUGAAGAUCAAUCACUUCGGUUUGCCUCUGGGCGGGCAAAAGCUAAAAUUUUUGGAUCUAGACGCGAUCUUCCCGAAAAGCAUCAUCGAUCGCAUCACCGCUGACGGUAAAAACUGCGAGAAGCACGAGGACUGUGAUUACUUCGAUUGCCGGUCGGUGUGCUCGAAAAACAAACGUUGCGAAUCGCCGGUUCUCAAUAAUAAUUUACAGAUUAUCUGUGAAAAAAUUUUUCUUGGCUGGACGCUUUCGGGAACGAUAAUCAUUCCUGGAUUGCUGAUGUCAGAGCAUACCACCAGCACGUUGGCUGUGUUAUUAAGACAAUGCGCUAAUCCGGAUAGCGACACGACGCAUAUACCGCGUGCGGCAGCGACCAAUAGCCUGAAGAAACGACUUUACAAUAUGUUGAGUGAGAUGGAACAAGAAUACGCGGCAUUCAUGUGAAAAAGACGAUAUAUUCGAUAUUAAAAGAAAAAUCGGACCUUUGGGCGACAAUGAUAAAGACGCAAUGCUGUGAACUUACGAUUGAAUAAAAUAUAAAAUAUAAUUUUUGCGCGCUAUCGAGACUAGAUAACGCCUGUAUUUAUUUAGUUUAGCAAAAAGGAAUAAUGCUAACACAUACAAUCUUAUACUUUUACACUAUAGAUUUAACAACCGGGUAAAUUUCAUUUCUACAGAAGUUUCUACACUACAGAAGUAAUGAAGAAAAGUCUAAUAGAGAGCUAGUGAUACCAAUAACGAUAAUACAAAGUUAUUUAUUAUUAAAAGAAUAUAGAUAUUUAUCUUUGUUAGUGUAGAGAAGUAUUGUGUCAUAAGAUCUGGCAAUGAAUACACAAAUGGAUCUCUCGGAAAUUGGAUGUUAGAAAUAAGGGAGAAAGUUAUUCCGAUAAGAAUCCAUUAUAAACUUACGAAUGCGCUUAAUUAGAAGAUAAAAAAACAAUCCAUUUUUAGAGUAUUCUUAUGUACUCUAUUAUAGACAAUUGAGUAUUCUUAUGUACUCUAUUAUAGACAAUUGAGUAUUCUUAUGUACUCUAUUAUAGACAAUUGAGUAAACAAAUAAUUAAUUAUUAUUGUUCGUUAUACACGUAUUAGUAUUAGCGGAAUCACAAGAUACACUUAUGCGAAGAAGAGAGUGCCUGUUAUACUAUACUUUACAUUAUUUCUUUUAAUUUUAAGUUUAACGUAAUAAAGAUCGGUUAAAGUGCCAUUAUGAAUUCCAAAUAAAGAACAAAAGGACUUUAUUAAAAAUUA